GCACUUUUUCCGUAGAUGUCAGGUAUUUAUCGCAAUAGCUUUGCACUUCAUUUAGCAAGCGUCCCUUAGCAAGUUCCUUGGUAGCAAGAUAUUGCGCAGCGGCUUGCGCCAACCGCUGCGCUAGCUACAGGGUCUUUAUCCUUCUAGGUACAAGCAAAAGGCCAACCAGCCCGUGAAGCCCAGCAAGCCUAGGAGAAACAGCCGUGGCCUGCGGAGACCCAGCGAACCUGACAGGAAGGCGCGAAACUCCAGCGUGUCCGUGGGCGUGCCCUUGGACCGCUCGGACUUCACGGAGAGCAUGAACGAGAUGGAGGAGGAGUUUUCGGUGGCCGUAUCUCCGAAGCUAAUCGUCAUGUUCGUCAUGCACAUGAGCGUCAUGCUGCUCGUGCUCUACUACUUCUACCGCUACCUGGUGCAUUUCAUGGUGGUCAUGUUCGCGAUGGCGUCAGCUGUCGCCCUGAUUUCCUGCCUGGAGCCACUCGUCAGCCUGAUCAACAUCGGGACAUCACAGGUGCCGAAGCAAGUGGCGGCAUGCUGCCAAACGCGCAUGGAGGUGAGGCAGCUGGCGCUGCUGGCGUUCGGUAUGUCCGUGGCCACUGCUUGGUUCCUGUUGCGCCGCAACGACACCUUCGGCUGGAUCCUUCAGGAUCUACUCGGCGUCGCCUUCUGCAUCAACAUGCUCAAGAGCUUCCACUUGCCCAACCUCAAGCUGCUGGCCUUGCUCUUGACGCUCCUGCUGGUCUAUGACGUGUUCUUCGUCUUCAUUACGCCGUUCUUGCGCGCGAACCGCGAAAGCGUGAUGGUCGAAGUGGCCAAAGGUUCCGGCGUCAAGGAGGUGCUGCCAAUGGUUAUCAAGUUCCCGAGGAUUUACCGGAGCAUCUACUCCAAAUGCUUCCAGAUGAAGUUCUCCAUUUUGGGCCUCGGGGACAUACUGGCGCCAGGCAAGCAACUUGGGCGUGAUGACAAACUAUUCGAGGGUUUUGGUUGCGGCUGUCAAAAAGUCUAA